GCUCUGCCUGAUGGAGAUGAACCAGGAGGAACUGGCCGACACACUGUGGGCCGGAUCUGCUGUUGUCGAGUGCCAAUGUAAAAUCAAGUCUCAUUUGAAGAAGAAGUUCAGACGUGUGUUUGAGGGAAUCCCUAAAGCAGGACAGCCAACAGGUCUGAAUGACUUCUACACAGAGCUCUUCAUCACAGAGAGAGGCAGUGGAGAGGUCAACAAGGAACAUGAGAUCAGACUGAUUGAAACAUCUUCCAGGAAACCAGCCAAGGAGGAAACACCAAUCAGAUGUGAAAACAUCUUUAAACCCUUACCUGGACAAAAUCAACCGAUAAGAACAAUAAUGACAACUGGAGUGGCCGGCAUUGGUAAAACCAUCUUGACGAACAAGUUCACUCUGGACUGGGCUGAAGGCAAAGCCAACCAUGACAUACACUUCACAUUUCUCCUCACUUUCAGAGAGCUGAAUUUACUGAAAGAGAGAGAGUUUAGCUUGGUGGAACUCCUUCAUCACUUCUUCAUCGAGACCAAAGAAGCAGGAAUCUGCAGAUUCCACCGGUUCCAAGUUGUCUUCAUCUUGGAUGGUCUGGAUGAAUGUCGUCUUCCUCUGAACUUUCAGAAAAACCCGAUCUGGACUGAUGUCACAAAGUCCACCUCGGUGGACGUGCUGCUGACAAACCUCAUCAGGGGCGUCCUGCUUCCCUCCGCUCUCAUCUGGAUAACCACACGCCCUGCGGCAGCCAAUCAGAUCCCUGCUGAGUGUGUUGACAUGGUGACAGAGGUGAGAGGGUUCACCGACCCACAGAAGGAGGACUACUUCAGGAAAAGAUUUGAAGAGGAGACACUGGCCAACACAAUCAUCUCCCACCUUAAGAAAUCACGAAGCCUCCACAUCAUGUGUCACAUCCCAGUCUUCUGUUGGAUCACUGCUACAGUUCUGGAGGACUGCUUAAAAAAAUCCCAGAUAGGAGAAGAGAUGCCCAAGACUGUGACUCAGAUGUACAGCUACUUCUUGAGGGUUCAGUCCAUACAGGGGGACAGGAAGUACCAUGGGAGAGCUGAAACAGAUACAGACUGGAGUUCAGAGAGCAGGGAGAUGAUUGUUACUCUGGGAAAACUGGCUUUUAACCAGCUGGAGAACGGCAACCUGAUCUUCUACGAGGCAGACCUGGCAGAGUGUGGCAUCGAUAUUAGAGCAGCCUCAGUGCACUCAGGAGUGUUCACCCAGAUCUUUAAAGAGGAGUGUGGGCUGUACCAGGACAAAGUGUUCUGCUUUGUCCAUCUGAGCAUCCAGGAGUUUCUGGCUGCCCUUUAUUACAUUCUGUCUUUCCUUGACAUUGGUGUCAAGCUACUCUCAGAAAAACAACAAACCUACCGGGAACAGGAACUCCUCCUCCUCUACCAGAAAGUUGUGGACAAGGUCUUAAAGAGUGAGAACGGACACCUGGACUUGUUCCUCCGUUUCCUCCUGGGCCUCUCUCUGGAGACCAAUCAGAAUUAUUUACAAGGUCUGCUGGGAAAGACAGGGAGCGGCCCAGUGUUCCAACAGGGAAUAGUCUCAUACAUAAAGGAGAAGAUAAAUGAAGAUCUCUCUCCAGAGAGAAGCAUCAAUCUGUUCCAUUGUCUGAAUGAGCUGAAUGACCGUUCUCUAGUGGAGCAGAUCCAACUGUCCCUGACAUCAGGAAGUCUCUUCAAAAAACGUGUCUCUCCUGCUCAGUGGUCAGCUCUGGUCUUCAUCUUGCUGUCAUCAGAAGAGGAGCUGGAAAAGUUUGACCUGAAGAAAUACUCAGCUUCAGAGGAGGGUCUUCUGAGGCUGCUGCCAGUGGUCAAAGUCUCCAAAACAUCUCUGUUGAAUGGCUGUGAUCUGUCAGAGACAUGCUGUGAAGCUCUGGCCUCAGUUCUCAGCUCCAACUCCUCUAGUCUGAGAGAGCUGGACCUGAGCACCAAUGAUCUGCAGGAUUCAGGAGUGAAGCUGCUCUCUGCUGGACUGGGGAGUCCACACUGUACACUGGAAACUCUCAGGCUGACUGGCUGUCAUCUGUCAGAGAGAUGCUGUGAAGCUCUGGCCUCAGUUCUCAGCUCCAACUCCUCUAGUCUGAGAGAGCUGGAUCUGAGUACCAAUGAUCUGAAGGAUUCAGGAAUGAAGCUGCUCUCUGCUGGACUGGGGAGUCCACACUGUACACUGGAAACUCUAAGCUUGUCUGGCUGCCUGGUCACACAGGAAGGCUGUGCUUCUCUGGCCUCAACUCUGAGCUCCAACCCCUCCCAUCUGAGAGAGCUGGACCUGAGCUACAAUCACCCAGGAGACUCUGGAGCUGCGCUGCUCUCUGCUGGACUGGAGGAUCCACGCUGGAGACUGGACACUCUCAGUGUGGAGCACGGUGGAGUGUGGAGGCUGAAACCAGCUCUAAAGAAGUAUGCCUGUGACCUCACACUGGACCCCAACACGGCCUACAGAGACUUCUCUCUGUCUGAGGACAACAGGAAGGUGACGGAGGUUGGAGAGGACCAGUCGUAUCCGGAUCACCCAGACAGAUUUGACUCCCAGUACCAGGUGUUGGGUAGAGAGGCUCUGACUGGCCGCUGUUACUGGGAGGUAGAGUGGGAAGGACGGGUUGAGAUAGGAGUGACAUACAGAGGAAUCACAAGGAGAGGACAGGGUGGUGACAGCUGGCUUGGACGGAACAACAAGUCCUGGACUCUUUAUUGUUCUGAUGGUGGUUACUCUGUCUGGUACAACGGUACAGAGACAGCCCUCCCUCUCCGCGCCGCUGGCUCCACCAGAGUAGGAGUGUAUCUGGACCGGCCUGCUGGCUCUCUGUCCUUCUACAGAGUGUCCCCAGGUGGAGGAGGGUCCUCAGACACACUGACACACCUCCACACCUUCUGGUCCUCCUUCACCCAGGAGGACCGGUAG